AUGAAAGUAAAGAUAGUUAAAGCUAAAGUAGGGGAGCAAAAAGUUAAUUGUUACCUCGAACCAGGAUUUUUGGGGAUCUCUAUGUGUACUGAUAAACUUCUCAAGAAAAUCGGUGGCAAAAUUAGCAGAAAGUUGACUUCUGAAGAAAAAGAUAGUAAAUUCGUUAGAGAAAAAACCACAGCUCCACUUGGAUUGGCCAUAAUCCCAAUUACCUUUACUUUUAAUAUAAUAAAUAAUAAUCGCCUUAGUAAUUAUGAAUCCAUCACAAUUCCGACUAAAGUGCUUGUAGAAAAAUAUGACCCCAAGAUGCCUAAUUAUAUUCUGCUUGGUAACAAUUGGUUCUAUGGACGCAAUAACCAUGGAAUCCAGACGUAUUUACCGGAAAUA